AGGGGCUGAAUGAGCAUCUGGGCCGGGUGAGCUCCCAGGGGGUCUCGGGCCGGAUCCCCUCCCAGCAGUUACAGUGGGAAUCAGGCCUGUGGCUUCCGAGGCAAGAAUGCUCUGGACGUGGACCGGAUGGUUCUUUACAAGAUGAAGAAGUCCGUGAAAGCAAUAAACAUCUCCGGGCUGGCACACGUGGAGAACGAAGAGCAGUACACCCAGGCUCUGGAGAAGUUCGGCGGCAACUGUGUGUGCAGAGACGACCCGGAUUUAGGAAGCGCGUUCCUGAAGUUCUCAGUGUUCACGAAGGAGCUGACAGCGCUUUUCAAAAACCUGAUUCAGAACAUGAACAACAUAAUCUCCUUCCCGCUGGACAGCCUGCUGAAGGGCGACCUGAGAGGAGUGAAGGGGGAUCUAAAAAAGCCUUUUGAUAAAGCUUGGAAAGACUAUGAAACAAAAAUAACCAAAAUAGAAAAGGAGAAGAAGGAACAUGCCAAGCUCCACGGGAUGAUUCGCACUGAAAUAAGUGGCGCCGAGAUUGCUGAGGAGAUGGAGAAGGAGAGGCGCUUCUUCCAGCUGCAGAUGUGCGAGUAUCUGCUCAAGGUCAAUGAAAUCAAGAUUAAAAAGGGAGUUGAUUUACUUCAGAAUCUGAUCAAAUAUUUUCAUGCCCAAUGCAAUUUUUUCCAGGAUGGACUGAAAGCAGUGGAGAGUCUCAAACCUUCCAUCGAAACACUUUCCACAGACCUCCACACGAUCAAGCAGGCCCAGGAUGAAGAGAGAAGGCAGUUGAUUCAACUUCGAGACAUUUUGAAGUCAGCGUUGCAGGUCGAACAGAAAGAGGACUCCCAGCUUCGCCAAAGCACGGCUUACAGCUUGCACCAGCCUCAGGGGAACAAGGAGCACGGGACCGAGCGGAGCGGCAGCCUCUACAAGAAGAGCGACGGGAUCCGGAAAGUGUGGCAAAAGAGGAAAUGUUCCGUUAAAAACGGCUUUCUGACCAUCUCCCACGGGACGGCUAACCGGCCUCCUGCGAAGCUCAACCUGUUAACCUGCCAGGUGAAGACCAACCCCGAGGAGAAGAAGUGCUUCGACCUCAUUUCACACGACAGGACGUACCACUUCCAAGCUGAAGACGAACAGGAAUGUCAAAUAUGGAUGUCUGUGCUCCAGAACAGCAAGGAAGAAGCCUUAAACAAUGCAUUCAAGGGAGACGACAGUACUGGAGAGAACAACAUCGUCCAAGAGCUGACCAAGGAGAUCAUCUCGGAAGUGCAGAGGAUGACGGGCAACGCCGUGUGCUGUGACUGCGGGGCGCCAGAUCCUACGUGGCUUUCCACCAACCUGGGCAUCCUGACCUGCAUCGAGUGCUCCGGCAUCCACCGAGAACUGGGUGUCCACUACUCCAGGAUGCAGUCUCUGACGCUGGACGUGCUGGGCACCUCUGAGCUGCUGCUUGCCAAGAAUAUUGGGAAUGCAGGCUUUAAUGAGAUUAUGGAGUGUUGCCUACCAGCGGAGGACGCGGUCAAACCCCACCCAGGCAGUGACAUGAAUGCGAGGAAGGACUACAUCACAGCCAAGUACAUCGAGAGGAGGUACGCGCGGAGGAGGCACGCGGAUGGCGCGGCCAAGCUGCACAGCCUCUGCGAGGCCGUCAAGACCAGGGACAUCUUCGGGUUACUGCAGGCCUACGCCGAUGGCGUGGACCUCACAGAGAAAAUCCCGCUGGCCAACGGACAUGAGCCGGACGAGACGGCCCUCCACCUGGCCGUGCGGUCUGUGGACCGCACCUCUCUUCACAUCGUGGACUUCCUGGUUCAGAACAGCGGGAACCUGGACAAGCAGACGGGGAAGGGCAGCACGGCCCUGCACUACUGCUGCCUGACCGACAACGCCGAGUGCCUCAAGCUGCUGCUGCGCGGGAAGGCCUCCAUCGAGAUCGCCAAUGAGUCCGGAGAGACCCCGCUGGACAUCGCCAGGCGCCUCAAGCAUGAGCACUGCGAGGAGCUGCUGACCCAAGCCUUGUCCGGAAGGUUUAACUCCCACGUCCACGUCGAAUACGAGUGGCGACUGCUCCACGAGGACCUGGAUGAGAGCGAUGACGACAUGGACGAGAAGCUGCAGCCCAGCCCCAACCGGCGGGAGGACAGGCCCGUCAGCUUCUACCAGCUGGGAUCCAGCCAGCUCCAGUCGAACUCCGUGUCUCUGGCCAGAGAUGCCGCCCCCCAGCACCACCAGUGCCCCCCCACUGCCCCCGCGGAACAUCGGCAAAGACCCCCUGACUCCCACACCGCCCCCUCCUGUAGCCAAGACGCCCAGCGUGAUCGAAGCCUUGAGCCAGCCGAGCAAGCCCGCCCAGCCUGGGGUAUCGCAGAGCAAGCCCCCACCCCUGCCGCCCCAGCCGCCCAGCCGCCUCCCGCAGAAGAAGCCUGCCCCCGGGGCUGACAAGCCGACCCCACUGAUCCAUAAAGGCCAGCCGAGAGGACCUGCAGUGGAUCUCUCCGGAACAGAAGCUCUGGGUCCUCUGUCCAAUGCCAUGGCCCUGCAGCCCCCUGCCCCCAUGCCCAGGAAGUCACAGGCGACCAAGUUGAAGCCCAAGCGGGUCAAAGCACUCUAUAACUGCGUGGCCGACAACCCGGACGAGCUGACCUUCUCUGAGGGGGAUGUGAUCAUCGUGGAUGGGGAGGAGGACCAGGAGUGGUGGAUUGGCCACAUCGAUGGAGAUCCUGGUCGCAAAGGAGCGUUCCCUGUGUCGUUCGUGCACUUUAUUGCGGACUAGACUGCGGCCGAGCAAAGCGUCUCUCGCCCGUUACGUUGCCGUUUCGUCGUUGGUACCAGACCUCCAUCCAGAUGACCAGUCUUCUGACCUGUGUGGUAGUCCGUUUCCUCUAAUGCUGCUGGUCCGUCUUAAAAACUCAAAGGCAGUUUUUACCGUAAAUGAAUUGUUUUUAUAAUUUGUGAUUUUCAUGGAACAUUGCUAUACUUUUAUUGGGGGAAAACUGAAUUUCCUAAAAGGUGAACUGACAAGUUCUAUUUUAACUACAUUCUCAAGAUCCUGCAUUUAUAGAACUGGCCAGACCUAAAGAUGCUGAGGAUUCCCGCUUGCCUUGGCCCAGUUCUGGAGUUGGUGACCUCGUAGUGCAGGUGUGAUUUUAGGAGCCAGUAAACUGCUUCAGAAGCCCCUGGCCCAGCCCUGGUCUUUCUCACUCAAUGCCAUCAGUUCACCUUUCAAGACACCCCCAAGGUGCAUCUCGAGCAACAGGGAAAUUCACACGUUAGCACUGAACUCUGGCCCUCAGCCGUGAGGUCGCGGCUAUCCCGGUAUUCUGCAUGCGCAUAUAACCUGUCGUUGUGAACCAUCACGUUAACAACCGCUGUACUGCCCACGUCGUAACAGCAGUUAUUCAGUGCCAGGUUACAUAACGCUGUAUUUCCUGAAUUUGGUUGAAAACUAAGGAUGGUGGAUUGCAAAACAAGUUCUUCAAACCAGUUCAUAUACAUUAGGUGUUUUGAGAUUUGCCUUGCCCUUCGGUAAUCGGAAAGCAACCGCACCUACUAGAAUGUACACACUAGAAUACACACACGCACACGGUGCCAGCCACGGCACACCGACACUGCUCGCUGGUUCUGUCGCGUGGACACUGCCUUCCCUCCCUAGCUCACGAGAAUGUUUGCUCACUUAGUGUCUCCUAUUCACCCGGUUCCCAGCAGGAGUGGUAGUUACACCGUCUCAAAAUCUAAUCUUCCAUUUGUUUGUAAUCUAGGAGCUGUCAGAAAUCUAUAGGUCCCAGGUAACUCACACCCCUGACAUCCCGGUUUCGCUACUGAAGGUCCUCAUAUCACUCUUAAACUUCCGUGGGGAGGGGUGGGGCUUAGGUUGUAUAUGGUAACAUCAAAACUCAUUGGUUUAACCAACUUGACUGCCAGACCUCUGUUUAGUAACUGUGAGUGUAAUACUCAUGAUAGGAAUAAUGGAAGUCUGGGCACCCUGAGAGCGACAGGCCUAUGGUACCUACUUGGAUUUCUACCAGAAGUAAAGGACAACGUGAGUGUUGGCUUGGGAAGCCAGGGGACAGGAUCUCCGCUUGACGGGAGCAGCCUGUCUGUUAUGUGAGACUCAGAAGUGUAGAGCUCUUUGAAUUUUUCCUUUGGCAUUGUACUUUUAAUUGCUUUUAUAAAAGAAGACAGAACAAACUGGAAUGUUUUACAACGUUGUAUAGCCCUCGCUUUUCACCUUUCACUGUUCUGGGUAAAAAGCGUGCUAGAUCUGUAAUUAAAAAGUCUUUUUUUUUUAAACACUA